GAGGAAUGAUAACGUAAAAGAAGGAAAACACGAAAACAACACAAAAGGAUUUGGUUGUUUUGCUUUUAGAAUGCUAAAUGACAGAUACAUACGAGUAAGAAGGCGUGACUCCCUCUCCUCCCCUCCCACUUUUCAUUUCCAUUUAUAAAUUUAAUUCUCAACUCAAUCCAAAUCUCACCAUCUUAACGUUUUGAACAAUGGAGAGUGCAUCUACAAGCCAUAAACGCAAGAAAAUUGAUGAGCAUACAAAGAAGAACAAGAAGAGACAACACGCAAGAGACAAAAAUGUAGAAAACAAGAUGGAAGAGAAAAGAAGUGGGAGUGAGGAUAAUUUUGGAGUUUUCGAGUUCCCGUGGAUGAAGGAGAGUAUGAUCUCAAACUCACUUGAUUGGAGUCUACCAGAAUCUCUUUUUCCUGUCUUAGAUGAUGGCAAUGAGAUGUUUGAAGAGAUUAAUGAUGUGAGAUGGCCAGUUAAACGGGUUAGUAAUUAUAGGUUGGAGUUUGAGGCCUUUGAAUGCCUAUGGACUUCUAUUUCGGAUUAGAUUGACAUCUUUUUUAGCCAUGUACUUAUAAAAAUUGCAUUAAGAAUCUAGGACCAAACGAGGAAAGUUUUUCCAUUUUUGUUUUAUAUUAAAAAUAAUGUAUUUGUUGAGAUGUAAAAGAUUUUACAUGUGUUAUAAGGAUCGGUAAUAUAUAGAAUCUUAUGUUACCAUAUGGAUACAUGUAUG